CAACAUACCCUGUAAGCCCACUAAUCUUUGUGGUACAUGUCCUCUGUUUAACUUUCUUUUGAUCACCAAGAAAGAAAACUCAGAAUCAGGAAUAGAUGUGUUGCUUUAGUUCUGCAGCUACUAUAGGCUACUUUGCAUUUUAUGGUUUCGAGCUGCUGAGUUUUAGUAUUCUGCUUCAGCCGAAAUAUACAGCAGAAAAUAAAGAGGAAGCUUUGCAGGAAGGAAUGAGCAGUAAAAUAGUUUUUUUUUAGCAUCGCGGUUUUAACUUCAGUUUUCUGUCGUCUGUUCUGUCACUGAUAAAUGUGCCAGACAUGGGGAUUAUGCAACGGAGAAACCUUUGCCAUUUGGCCAUUGUCUCUUUUCUCUUGACCUCAACUUCACCUGCUGCAGAUGCUCAGAUCAGAUUAGUUGGGUCUGGAUCUACUCGUUGCUCUGGAAGAGUUGAAAUCUAUUACAACAGUGUCUGGGGAACAGUAUGUGAUGACGAUUGGGACUUAAAGGAUGCUGAUGUAGUGUGCAGACAGUUGGACUGUGGUACGGCACUGACUGCUCCUCAGUCCGCUCACUUUGGUGAAGGAAGCGGCCAAAUCUGGCUUGAUAAUGUUAACUGUUUAGGAACUGAAAGGUCUCUAACUGAGUGUGGGCACAGAGGAUUUGGGACACACAACUGUGGACCCAGUGAGGACGCUGGUGUCAUCUGCUCAGGCGUGCCAGUCAGAUUGGCUGGGUCUACCUUGUGCUCUGGAAGAGUUGAAAUCUAUUAUAACAACAUUUGGGGAACGGUCUGUGAUGAUGAUUGGGACAUGGAAGAUGCCAAGGUGGUUUGCAGAGAGUUGGGCUGUGGUACGGCCAAUACCUCACCUCAGUUUGGUCAAGGAAGCGGCAAAAUCUGGCUUGAUGAAGUUGCCUGUUCAGGAAGUGAAAGGUCUCUGACUGAGUGUGGGCACAACGAAUUUGGGACACACGACUGUGGACACAGUGAGGACGUUGGUGUCAUCUGUUCAGCAAUCCUCCCAAAGCCCAGCAUCUCCAUAAAUCCUAUCAGUGAUGUUACCUGGGGUCAGAAUGUCAUCAUCACUUGUUCCAUCUCGACUCCCACUCAACAGCUUUUAAGUGCAACAUAUAUUUUGAAAAAGGCUUCAGGUUCAUUUGAAAAGACCCAAACGUCAACAACCAACUCUGCUACCUUCAGCAUGCCUCAAGUCAACUUUGACAAUGAGGGAUCCUACCAGUGUCAGUACGAGACUGUGGUUUCAAGUCAAAACCUCAUCUCCCGCUUAAGUGGCUCUGUCAGACUCUCUGUUACUGUGACCCUCCCAAAGCCCAGCAUCUCCAUUAGUCCUGUCAGUGAGGUUACCUGGGGUCAGGACGUCGGCAUCACUUGUUCUAUCUCCACUCAGCAUUUAGGUGGAACAUUCAUUCUGCAGCAGACCUCAGGCUCAUUCAGAAAGACCCAAACAUCAAGUACCAACUCUGCUACCUUCAGCAUCUUACAAGUGAACUUUGAAAAUGAAGGAUCCUACCAGUGUCAGUAUCAGACAACGGUUUCUAGUCGAGACUUCAGCUCCCCCUUAAGUGACUCUAUCAGACUCUCUGUUACUGUGCCGCUGCAGCAGCCCAACAUCUCCCUGACGUCUCAUAACGGAGGGCUGGUCUGGGGCCCUGAGGGUGCCGAGGUCACCAGGGAUUACAGCUUUGUCUUCACCUGCUCCAUCUCCUCCCAUUAUCCUGGGGGUGUUUUCUCUCUCCUCUCCUCUGGCUCCGGCCUCACCAACGUCAAGUCAGCCAUCAACGGCUCGGCCUCCUUUGACUUCCCUGUGGCCGAGUAUGAGCACCUGGGGAACUACAGCUGUGUGUAUGAAGUCACACUGUCUGCACGGAGAUUCACUUCCACCAUGACAGCCACGAUUACUGUCAUCAUUAAAAUGUCUUUGUUGCCGCUGGUAUCCUCAGUAUCUGUCGUGGGUCUGCUGCUGCUCCUGCUGGUCUUGGUGGGGGUCUUUCUGGUUCUCAGGAGAAAGAGACGAACCGAGCAGCCUGUUGCCCUCGUCCAAACCCAAUUGGCUUUCAGACUCAGCAACACUUAUGAAAAUAACAAGAAUGAGGACGAGGACGAUGACUACGAGAACGUUAAUCCAGCAGACAACAAGGAGAAACUCAAAGAGGAAGCAGAGAGAGUGGAAGAAGAGGAGAGUAAUGAUUACGAGGACCCAGAGAGUAACGAAGAUCAAGAUUGUGACAAAGAAGAAGAAACCAGUGAUGAUGAAGCGGACUAUGAAAAUGUAAACCAGCCACUGGAUGAACCAACUCUUGACAUUUAUGAAGAACAUGAGGAUAUUUAUCAAAACUUUGAGGUGUCCGAUGGUUAAAUGUUGAAUAAUGCUGAAGAAAUGCAACUUGACAAGACAAUUCUUCCUGCCUCAGGAUAAUGAAUCAUUAUUUCUCAUUAUUUUGAAAUGCCAAACUAUAUUGCUAUAGUUUGUUACCAAAUUAUUGUAGGGUUGGCCUAUUUGAACAAUGUUUUGAUAGUUUGUUUACUCUUAUUAAUUUGAACCCAAAAAACUAAACUACAGGAAUAUUAUGUCUUUUUUUUCUUCAUUUUUUGGAUGUAAAAACAGGAAAAUCAAGUAAGAAAAAAAACCAGGGAAACAAACUCAGAUAACGAGCCGAUUUAGUCUUUUGCGAAUCCCAUUUUUGUUUUUGCCUUUGAAAGACUUAGAAAAGGACGUAAGUAAGAGUAUUUCAAAAUAAAAGUCAAGGCAAUAGAAUGACUGUAUGCAAAAAUGUCUGUCAUGCGCAAAAAUAUACAUAACAUAUAAUGCAUAGGACUAGUUGCUCGAAAUGUACAUGCGCAAAAAUAUACAUAUGGCUUAAAACGGACAGCAACGCUGAACAACAAUCAUAUGACUAUAAAACAAUGUAAGACAUCUUAGAUUUGUGGAAGCUGAGCUCUCCGUGUUUCAGUGCAAUAUCUCAUAGAGUCAACUCCUUAAACAGUGUUCACACACAAGCACAGUGCUAAAUCAUUCUUUAGACACUUGCCUACAUUGUGAUGAUGUGAGUUUGUCAGAGCUGCUAAGAAGCUGACAGCAGAGUUAGAA